AUGUACCAGCUACUAGGGCAGCUGGCUGCAGCUGACCUGGUCCUGUCCACAGCCACAGUACCCAAAGCACUGACUGUGCUAUGGGGCUUCUCUGGAGAGAUUUCCUUUGGGGCCUGCCUAACUCAACUCUUCUUUGCCCAUGUGGCCUUCGUGGCAGAAUCCUCAGUCCUGUUGACCAUGGCAUUGGAUCGCUAUUUGGCUAUCUGCUGGCCAUUGCACUACGGCACCUUCCUCACCCCCCGAGUGGUGAGGGCCGCAGGCAUGGUUGCCUUAGCUCGAGGUGCAUGUGUGAUGGCACCGCCUGUAGUCUUGCUUCAGCAGUUGCCUUACUGUGGGAGGAAAGCAAUACCACACACCUACUGUGAGCAUAUGGGUGUGGCUCGGUUGUCAUGUGGAGAUACCCGAGUCAACAUCUGGUAUGGGCUUGCCACCACACUACUGUCACCAGUCCUGGAUGCUGUGCUCAUUACCGUCUCCUGUGCUUUCAUCCUCCAUGCUGUCUUCCACCUGCCAUCCAGGGGUGCUCGCCACAAAGCCCUUAGCACUUGUGGGGCUCACGCUGGUGUCAUCUUCCUCUUCUACAUACCUGCUCUCUUCUCCUUCCUUGUCCACCGUUUUGGUAGACACACUGUCCCAGGACAUGUCCACAUCCUCCUGGCCAAUCUCUAUGUGGUGAUCCCACCUGCUCUCAAUCCCAUCGUCUAUGGGGUCAGGACCCGAUGUAUUGCUGAGAGAAUCCUGUGCUUGCUGACACCCAGUCGAGUUGGGAUGGGAAGGGAAGAGAGCUCACCUGGAGUUUCUCUACCAAGAUAA